GGUAAAUAUGUGUAUAAUUGUAAAUGAAUGUUUACUGUAUAAAAUAAUAAUGUCUUGUUUGGGUAAUUAUAUAAUUGAUAAGACAUAUGCAAAUGGCAAAAAAUAGACUGGAGGUAAAGGUGACAGGAGUAAAUUUAGUUAAAGUAGUUUUUGAACUUUUCUAUGUCUAUGAGGAGACUUUGAACAAUGACCCUGUAUUUCUAUCCAAAAGCAUAUAUACAAAGAAAUUGAAUCAAUGAUAUAUGAAAGAAUACUAUAGUAGAAUUAUUAAUAACUGUUCAAAAAAGAAGCUGGCCAAAUAUAUAUUAAGGAUGGAUGAAUCAUUACAGUAAAUCCAUACAAUGGAACAAUAUAGAGAAGUGAAAAAAAAUCACAUGUACUUGCAACUAUGUGACUAAAUUUCAGAAACAUAAUGUUGAGUCCAAGAAGCCACAAACAAGAAAAACAUGUAGGAUUUCAUCUACACACAGUGCAAAGCAGGCCAGACCAAGCUAUGCAGUUUAGGGUUGCAUACCCAGGUGGUAAAGUAUGAAGAAAAUUAAGGAAAUAAUCAUUAUAAAUUAUGGAUAUUGCUUAUCUCAGGAGGUGUGAAGAAGGGUUUAGUUGCUUGGAAAGUGGCAUGGAGGUGGACCUGGGCUGUUUUCAGUGUUCCUUGUCUUGCUCCGCAUCAUGAUUACUUGAGUGUUUAUGAUACACUGCGGUAUUUCCCAUUUUGUUUUGGUUCAUUUCCAAGUGUGCAUUAUAAUUUUAAUAUAAAAAUUUUUAAUUAAGAGAAAUGUCUCAUAGAAAUUAUCAUUACUCACCUCAUUAUAUACUGAGGGGAAAAUAAACUACUUGUAUACAUUCUUAUACAACUCUAAGAGAGCUGAAGUGAGAACUUUCUUGUUUAGUUGCAACGUGAGGAAAUUUGAGACCGUGUUAUCUGCCACCCCCAGAUUUUUCCAAAGGAUUUCUUCUAGCCAUAGUUUUCUACCUCACAGGAACAAAUAUUUGCCAUUCCCCAUCCAUUUUUUCUUUUGGCUCCUGAAUUCCUGACACAACAAGGUUGUAUGUAUUUCCCACACUCUUGUUUAGCAGAGUUCGUUUAUCAGUUAUGUUUCUCUGCAAGAGAAACCCUCCAAAACUACAUUAGACAUUUAUAUAUCACAUGUUUUGUAUUUCAUUUUUCUAAAUGAGUUUGGUGGAUGACUGUGGUGAUUUGAGAUGGGCCAGAUUCUGCAUCUUGGAGGUCCUUAGAGUUUGACCAAUUUAGUCUGGAUCAGGUGGGGACAAUCUGCCUUCAUUAGUUUCUGAUUCUCCUCUGGGAACAGUGUGCUAGCCAGGCGAUAUUCUCAUUGUAAAUGGAAAGAGGAAGAAUCCCCAGUAUGGAAGCCAUCUCAAAUCUCUAUGCAAAGUGUAGUAAUUUUCUGUUCAUGAAAGUAAGUAAAUGAUUGAACUCCAAGUUCAGGGGAAAGGCAAUCUUCCUGUGAUGGGAGGAUGCUGCAAGAUUAUAUAUGAAAGGGUUUGGUAGUCAGGAAUACUUAUAAAAUUGCUGAAUAUUUUAAUUAAAUAAUAAAUAUUUAAACAUUAGGCUUCGGAGAAACUUUACCAAAGACCUAAGAAUUAGAGAUAUGUUUGAUAAAUAAAUAUUAUUCAUGGGCUGAAAACCCUGAGUGGGAAAACAGGACUAAUUUCAGCUGGACAACCUCUUGGAAACUCAUUUUUUUAUUUUGGAAAUUAUGAGAAAAUAAUUCAUUCCAUUCAUAGGUGGAGGGCACAUGUGUUUGUUUGUGUGUGUAUUUAUGAGCUUGAGAAUAAUGAAGUCACACAAAAGUAUUAGCAGCAACCAGAUCUUAUGGAGUACUGGCCUGCCUGUGGUUCUCAAGUAAAUCUUAGAUGCUUUUGAUAAAAUAAGUUUGGAUUCUGUGUAUUUAAAUCUGGCGUUUAAAAAAGACUGUAUAGGUGAUGAUCUUAGUUAUGACCAAGCUCCCUUUAAGAAUUUAGACAUUUACUAUAUGAUCUCUGUAUUGGGUUAUAAAACUUCCCUAACAACUAAAGUCAUUAAAGACAAAUGAUGGAGAGGUUACACAAGGAAAACUUGCAAACACUGAAAGUUAAUAUGUCCUUGUUUGCACACUAGCACCUGAGAAUUCAGGUUUCAUGUCAACUUCAGUAUGAAUAAUUCCAGUGUAUAACAAGAACAGACAGCGAAUGAAUGAGUUAAUUUGAGUUGUUUUGAAAACAAGAAUGUUUUCCAUAAAGACAGCAUUGAACUCAUCCAUUAGCAUGCUAUGGUGAUUUCUGGCUUGACACUGGUCACAACAAUCAAAAGUAAAAAGAAUGUCACAGCAGAUACACAAAUCAGGUGCAUAUAGAAUUUAAGGUCAGGAUAUUCAAGCAAUCACAACCAGUGAUAUUACACUAGCAUUUAAAAAAUUUCUCUUUGUCUGUUCAGAUAUGAUAACUUUUCUGUCCAUCACAUUUUCCAUUCUAGUAGGGGUUAUAUUUGUUAUUGGAAAUUUUGCUAAUGGCUUCAUAGCAUUGGUAAAUUCCAUUGAGUGGGUGAAAAGACAAAAAAUCUCCUUUGCUGACCAAAUUCUCACUGGUCUGGCUGUCUCCAGAGUUGGUUUGCUCUGGGUAUUAUUACUACAUUUGUAUGCAACUGAGUUUAAUCUAGCUUUUUAUAGUGUAGAAGUAAGAAUCACUGCUUAUAAUGUCUGGAUAGUGACCAACCAUUUCAGCAACUGGCUUUCUACUAGCCUCAGCAUGUUUUAUUUGCUCAAGAUUGCCACUUUCUCCAACCUGAUUUUUCUUCACUUAAAGAGGAAAGUUAAGAGUGUCAUUCUGGUGACACUGUUGGGGCCUUUGCUAUUUUUGGUUUGUCAUCUUUUUGUGAUGAACAUGAAUCAUAUUGUGUGGAGAAAAGAAUAUGAAGGAAACAUUACUUGGAGGAUCAAAUUGAGGAGUGCAAUGUACCUUUCAAAUGUGACUGUAACCAUGCUAGCAAACCUUAUACCCCUCACUCUGACCCUGAUGUCUUUUCUGCUGUUAAUCUGUUCUCUGUGUAAACAUCUCAAGAAGAUGCAGGUCCACGGCAAAGGAUCUCAAGAUCCCAGCACCAAGGUCCACAUAAAAGCUUUGCAAACUGUGACCUCCUUUCUCCUGUUAUGUGCCAUUUACUUUCUGUCCAUGAUCCUAUCAGUUUGGAAUUUUGAGCUGGAAAAGAAACCUGUCUUCAUGUUCUGCCAAGCUGUCGUAUUCAGCUAUCCUUCAACCCACCCACUCAUCCUGAUUUGGGGAAACAAGAAGCUAAAGCAGAUUUUUCUUUCAGUUUUGUGGAACGUGAGAUACUGGGUGAAAGGACAGAAGCCUUCAUCUCCAUAGAUUCACGAGAGGGGCAUUGUGUGUCUUCUAGCAGAAAACAAACUGCGAUGACAUUUAUUUGGAAGGCAAGUUCAAGACAAAAAUGGCAGGGAAAUAUGGAAAUUGACACAAGAACAAAUGUGAAACAAUGUGUGGUGAUGUCUGGUGUGACUCUGCUGGCAGCCACUUCACAGUGAGGUGAGAGAGACAGCACGGUGGUCAUCAGAUGCAUGCACUUGGCUCCUAGCAUUUUUCCAGACAGGCUACUAGGGCAAACUGCAGCUGGCAUUAGUCCAUGGAAGAGAGAGAGGAGGGAGAAUGUAUCUGCUCAGCUGUCAUUAGUGUUGUAUUUCCCAUUGGCCGUGGUAUUCCUGAGGCAGAACAACCAUCUCUGUUGUUCUGCCUUACAUCAUCCAGUCCCUUGGUGGAGGUUAUGGAAGUCAGACUUCAUGCCCACAGUGUGGUGAUGCAUUCAAGUUCCAAAUGGAAGGACGAUCUGCAUCAGGCAAGGGGUGGAUGAGGGGAAUGGGAGAUAGUGAAGGGAAUCUAGGAAAGCACGUGUCUGUGUCCAGUGCAGUCCAAUCCUUUUGCCACUCAGAUGUGCUCAUGCCCUCCAGUCAUGGCUGGCUUUCAGAGCAUAUGACUUGCAGAGUUGCACAGGGUUUUGUGCCUAGAGGAGUGUGUGCUUAUACGAACUCUAUGCUUGGAUUAAUGUUCUGCACUUGCUGUUUUGUUUUUCAGACAGAGGAUACUUAUCUGCUGAAGAGGCAAUGUUCUUGCACUAAUUCCAUAAGGAUUUGCUCUCCCGUCUCCUAUAGGCUUCUCAGUGACAUGCAUAGUGUCCUAUAAUGCCCACUAUGCAUGCCGCUAGCAGCUUUGAAUUCCGCUGGAUCAUCUGGCACAGUGACCAGAGCAGCUUGGACCACAGCAGCUUGGACUGGAGCCUGUAUCUGCGGUAGAGCCCUCUUUUGUUCUAGGUUCCACUUGAGAGCAGUAGCCUUUAGAAACUUCAUUCAUGAGUCAGAGCAAUAUUCUCAAAUGUGGAAUAUGUUAGCUCCAAAAUCCCAAUAGGCUUUCAAAACAUUGUGCCUCUUUUGUAGUGAUAGGAAAUAUAUGGAGAGAGCAACAUGCCUUUUUCUUUAAAAAAAAGAUUGUUUUAACAUGUAGACAGGGGACACUGAACGCCUUAAAACAUCACUUAUGUUUAUGUUCCUGAAUCUUCUCCUAUUUCUCUCUUUCCUUCUGGUAUUUUACUUCCGCUCAGUGUUACAGUAUUUUAUUAUAUUUAAGAAACUUGCCACUUCCUGAUUAUUGUACCAAGUUAUAUAUUAUUAUUAUUGCUAUUAUUUUGAGACAGAGUCUCAUUCUGUCCCUGAGGCUGGGGUGCAGUGGCAGGAUCACAGCUCAUUACAGCCUCAACCUUCUGGGCUCAAGUGAUUCUCCCGCCUCUGCAUUGCUAGCCGCGGGGACUGCAGGGGCGCACCACCACGCCUGGCUAAUUUUGGUACUUUUUGUUGGGCUGGGAUGUCACCGUGUUACCCAGGCUGGUCUCAAACUUCUGGGCUCAGGUGAUCCGCCUGUAUCGGCUUCCUAAAAGUGUUGGGAUUGCAGUCAUGUGCCACAGGGCCCGGUCUGUAACAUUAUUAAUAUAUUAAAUUAGCAGAAUAUUUUUAAAAAAAUGUAAAUUAAACUGAGAACAGAAGUGACAUAACCUUGACAUAAAACAGUGAAGCAGUGCUAUUGUUCUUAAUACAAGGCAAAUUGUUUUGAUUUUCCCUCAUAAUGGGUGUAGAUUAAGAAACAUUCACCAAAUCACGAGCCCCGUAAAAAGUACCAGAAGCUCUGCUCUGCUCAGUGAAGAUAGCACAUCCUGGAAAGCUUUUGUAAGUGCUGAUUUAAGUUUUAGUAGUCUGCAUUCAUUCUAUAACCCAUCUGGUUUUGGUAGAGGCCAGGUAGGUUAAGUGAAUAGAGAUACAAAGAGACUAUCAUUCCCUGUAACUUUAAAGUACUUUGUCAUGGCAGUGACCAAUUCCAUUCUUUAGGGAAUGCAGUUAUUAUAUUUUAUACAUUGUGUUGCCAGUAGAGGAGAAUUUCAGAGGCUUCCCCUUGGUCCUGCUAUAAUAAUGUCCCUUACCCUACAGUUCAGAAAGAAUGUGACAGUUCUGACAGCUGCCAUACAUAUCCAUUUCAAUUACACAUUCAGGAAGAGGUAAUACUACAAACUGAUUAGAUCCACCUUGGGAUGGACAUGAACCGAAGCUCUGGAUAGCAUCUGACCUUCAAAACUCCCACUGCAGGCUGGAUAUGAUGGCUCAAGCCUAUAGUCCUAGUACUUUGGGAGGCCAAGAUAGGAGGAUUCCUUGAGAGCAGCAGUUCCCUGUGCAGCCUAUGGAGACUCUAUCUCUCUAUCUCUACAAAAAAUUGAAAAAUUAGCUGGCGUGGUUGUGCAUGUUCCAAAUACUUGGGAAGCUGAAGCAGGAGGAUUGCUUGAGCCCAGGCGUUCGAGGCUGCAGUGGGCUAUAAUCCUGCCACUGUACUCCAACUUGGGUAACAGAGGGAGACUGUCUCAGAAGAAGAAAAAAGAAGUGUAAGUUCUCACUGGUAUCUUAAAUAUCAAGUAAAAUGGGAUCAAAUCAAUAAUUAACAAUCUUUGGUUCCUGCCUAUAGCAAAUAGGUAAAAUUGAAAGUAGUUAUACAAAGAGUAUAUUAACUCCUAACAAAAUUAACCAAAGACAAUUUUAUUUUCAUCUGCUUUCUUUGUUGUUUUUUUUUUUUUUUGAGACAGGGUGUUGUUCUGUCU